CUCUCUCUCUCUCUGUCUCUCGCUCUCAUCCCUCUCUCUCUGUAACUGACUCGUGACUGUUAUAUUCCUCUGCCAUCCCUUCUCUUCCCUGUUCUCCCAUUGCCCUCGCCCCUCCCCUUUCUGCGCUCCCUUUUUUCCCUGUCGCCGCGGCGAUAGGGUUCGGUUUUCCUUGCUCCGGCGGGCUGUAAAUGCUUUCGGCCCUCUCCGGCGGCUCAGAUCCGGCGGUGGCUGCGUUCUUGUUCUGGUGGUCUUGAUUCGAGUGGGAGGGGAAGGGGUCUCUUCGUUCUUGGGCGAUUCGGAGACAUGCCUUCGUUUUACGCUUCCGGAGAUGGAGGGUGCCUCGUCUCUGCGCCGGCGGAGCUGGCCGGGCUGUUCUGCCGCGGCGUGCAGCAGCGGAAGCGCACGCUGGUGGCCGCGUCCGCGGUCGCCGCUGCGGCGGCGGAGUGCGUGAGGGCCGCCAAGAAACAGAGGCAGCUGUCGCUGCCGUCGCUAGAUGCGCUCCCGGACGAGUGCCUCUUCGAGAUCCUGCGCCGUCUGCCCGGCGGCCGCGAGCGCGGUGCCUCCGCCUGCGUCUCCCGCCGCUGGCUCGCGCUCCUCAGCAACAUCCGGGCCUCCGAGCUCGGCCAGGCCGCGGCGGCGGUCCCGUCGCUGCCCGACCUGAACGAGGAGUUCGUCAUGGAAGAGGAUAAGGACGAGGCUCCGGCAGAUCCCUGCGUCGAGAGGGCCCUCGAGGGCAAGGAGGCCACCGACGUCCGCCUGGCAGCCAUGGCCGUCGUCGCCGGAUUCCGUGGCGGGCUGGAGAAGCUCGCCGUCCGCGGUAGCCACCCGACCCGUGGCGUCACGGACCAGGGACUCUCUGCGGUUGCUCGCGGCAGCCCCAACCUCUGCUCGCUCGCCCUCUGGGAUGUGCCUCUUAUCACCGAUGCUGGGCUUGCCGAGAUCGCCGCCGGGUGUCCCUUGCUAGAGCGCCUGGAUAUCUCUCGCUGCCCGCUUAUCACAGACAAGGGCCUCGCCGCUGUUGCACAGGGUUGCCCUAACUUGGUGUCUCUGACCAUCGAGGCAUGCUCCGGUGUUGGUAAUGAGGGCCUCAUGGCGAUUGGCCGCUUCUGUGCUAAGUUGCAGGCUGUGAACAUCAAGAAUUGCGCGCAUGUUGGCGAUCAGGGCAUCUCCAGCUUGGUGUGCUCUGCUACCGCCUCUCUGGCCAAGAUCCGGCUCCAGGGAUUGAACAUCACUGAUGCUUCGCUUGCUGUGAUUGGGUACUAUGGUAAGGCUGUCACUGACCUUACUCUUCAUCGUCUUGCUACUGUCGGCGAGAGGGGGUUUUGGGUGAUGGCUAAUGCUGCUGGCCUGCAGAACCUAAGGUGUAUGAGUGUUACCUCUUGCCCUGGAGUCACUGAUCUUGCUCUCGCUUGUAUUGCCAAGUUCUGCCCAAGCUUGAAGCAGCUCUACCUCAGGAAGUGUGGACAUGUGUCGGAUGAUGGCCUUAAGGCUUUCACGGAAUCAGCAAAGGCGUUGGAGAACUUGCAGCUUGAGGACUGCAAUGGGGUUACUCUUGUUGGUAUUCUUGCUUUCCUCCUUAACUGCAGCCAGAAGUUCAGGGCUCUUUCUUUGAUAAAAUGCAUGGGAAUCAAGGAUAUCUGCUCUGCGCCUGCACGGCUUCCUCUCUGCAGAUCUCUUCGUUUCCUUACAAUCAAGGAUUGUCCAGGUUUCACCGAUGCAAGCUUGGCCGUGGUGGGGAUGAUUUGCCCUCAGUUGGAGCAACUUGACCUGAGUGGUCUUGGUGAAGUCACUGACAGUGGGCUUCUUCCGUUGAUCCAGUCUUCCGAGGCUGGUCUGAUCAAGGUUGACUUGAGUGGUUGUAAGAACAUCUCAGAUGUAGCCGUUUCUUCCCUGGUGAAGGCACAUGGGAAAUAUCUCAAGAAAGUUUGUGUUGAGGGUUGCAGCAAGAUAACAGAUGCCAGUCUCUUCGCCAUUUCUGAGAGCUGCACUGAGCUUGCUGAGCUUGAUCUUUCAAAUUGCAUGGUUAGCGACUACGGUGUUGCGAUCCUGGCAUCCACAAAGCACCUCAAGCUUCGUGUUCUCUCACUGUCUGGCUGCAUGAAGAUCACCCAGAAGAGUGUGCCGUUUUUGGGCAACCUGGGCCAGUCUUUGGAGGGCCUCAAUCUUCAGUUCUGCAACAUGAUUGGCAACCACAACAUUGCAUCAUUGGAGAAGAUGCUCUGGUGGUGUGACAUUCUCGCUUAGGCAGACAAGAUGGUUUGUUGCUGGAGGGGCUCAUGUCUACUGGGUCAGCCGCUUCCAGAUGCAGAUAUACGUACGUAGCAGUAGCACGACCAGAUGAUCUUCAGGUUUUUGGCUCAUACAUGAGUCAUGGUGGUGGGCUUCCGCAUUGUUCAAGGACUGGAUGUUUUAGGGUGCUUUCUAGCCAAGUGCUCGUUUUUCGCAGAUCACCUCUCAGGAGGUUAAUCUGUUUUUUGAGCCUUGGCUGCCAUCACUGGCAUCCUGCCCCUCUAUCCAGAUAUUGGUCCUUGCCAUUAUAGUCAUAAGGUUUUUUUAGAUUGCCCUAGAGUUCGUGUCCUUGUUUUAAUUCCUUAAUGGUUAUUAAGUUGCAGGCACUGGCACCAAUGGCAGCUCUGGGGUAUCACAACUAAACCACCGGCGAUGCCUGUUUCAGGCAUCGUCGCUGGGCUGUCGAUGCCGGAAUGCCUGUGGACUUGUGCAGUGUGUAUGGUUGUCAGGUUCGAGUCUGUUGGGAGUCUUUGAUGUGUUGUUGUUCCUUGUGGUGUGUAAGGGUCAUGUAGGGUUGCAUUUUUUACAGUCUCUUUGGGAUGCCUGGUGUUCAUGGUGAUCUUGGCCAUUGCGAGGCGCUUACUAAAGCCUUGCAUUGACAACCUUGUAUGGUUGUUUUUUUGUCAGAUCUCUAGUUUUACAGGCAGAUUAUUGAGUACUGUAAUCUUGGCUACCCGCUAUGAAUAAAUGAAGUAUGUGUUUAUGUUCAAA